GUCGAUAGAGCCGCGAAGCGUUCCCGUUCCCCGUCCGAUCGAUACAUCAUCCCGCGGCUGUCUCUGCAAAACAAUGAUGCUGAUGGGGAGGCUUCGCCCAGGGCACCAUUGUCACCACGUGGAAAUGUGCCAGUUGCUCCAUAUGCAGCUCUUGCAUCACCGCAGCCUUUCGGAGACGUGACGAAGAAGCUUCCAGAGAAGAUCUCUCCUCGAUUUGGUGUUCCACGGGAUGAAAACAACCCAGAAGGUGGAAGGAACAGCGUGCCCAGGUUGAGUGGAGGCAAGCGAGGCGGUUCAUGCUUGACAGCGCGAUCUUCUAGCACUAGCAAACUGAACAGUGCUCUUCGCGAGUCAUCCUGUGGUUCUGCACGGAGCAAAAUGCGAGAACGCAGGCCGAACCCUUUAUUGAGCAACAGUCCUCCUGCUCGCUCAGCUGCUGCGCCCCAGGCAGGUUCACCAAGCAGGGCAAACCAAAGUAGUCGUUUGAGUUGCGACAGCUCGUCGAGCUCUAGCCUUCACAGUGGUCCGUCACUUGUCGGUGAGAACGUGUCGAGCGCAACAAGAUCUACUAGAUCUGUUGCCGUGACACCUUGUGCCAGUACAACAUCUCUCAUCGUGCCGUAUGCCGGUCACCGGCCAAUACCGGCUGGAAGCAGUGCCGUGGCCGCUCACAGCGCCGGGGCUGCAGUUGAAGACCUCUCUGGACGGGUCGGUUCCUACACUGCAGAUCCAAAUGUGGCAAGUUUCAGGUCGGUCGCAGAAGGCCAGCGGAGCUCCGGUCCGCUCAGCACAGGGAGCGAGGAUUGCCAUGUUGCUAGAAGCCAGCUGCUGGGUGGGCCCAGCGGAGAUGCAGACGCAGAUGCAGAGACGAUGGGCGACCACGUAGAACUGCUGUGCCUCAAGGCACAGUCUUUGGUUCGCCAAUUGGGCACUGGAAUGAUGGAGCCUUCCCAGUCGGUCCGAUCUUUACAGAAGAAGCUUAUGUUGCUCGGCCAAACUGCGGAGGUGACGCCUGCCGCGCCUCCGUUCACGCCGAGAUGCAUUGGCGGUCCACUCGAACCAGCCGGGACAGGUGAUGUAUCUUCCAUGGACCUCAAGUUCAGCCCUCCAGAUGUGGCAGACCCUACCAUGCCCAACAUUGGGGAGGAGCUGGCCGAACUGCGGGGCCGUCUCGGGCGCGUCGAAAGGGCUCUGCAGGCCCGCCAGGGCCAUGUACCUGGCGGACCGGGCUGGUCAAGCUCAGAGGUGCUCAAUUUGCGUGGUCGCUUACAGACAGUAGAGUCUGAACUCGUGGAUGUCCGGGCAGAGCUGCGAGAGGCUUGCGCGACGAUUUCGCACAUGGCAUGCAUGUGGGAGAAGAUGGAGAAACCUGCAGCGGAAAGGCGUACGCCUCCUGUUCCCGCAGCGACACCGCCACAAGAUUCCAGGCUCGCUGGCCCUGAAAAGGCCACGGCUGCUGAACAGGAUUUGAAACUGGCUAAUCCAGGGCAACCUCCCGUGAGGGGCAUGCUUGACGUUCCUCCUUCAAGCUCUCCGCGCAAGCCAGCCUACCCGCUGAUGGUGUCGUCAGCACGUCUUGGGCAGGUCCAGCCCUCACAAGCCUGUGGCCUUCCUGCUCCGGGCAUUGGACAAGGACUCUGCGGUUAUAUUCAGCGCCCGGUUCACCCUGCAGUUCUGCGUGUGAGCACACCCCCGCAGACGCUUCGAGCAGCGGUCGGAGUCCACCAACUCAGAGCAGCUCAUGGUGGCGCGAAGCUCAGCGACACCAACGUGGAAGCAGCCGCGGGCCUGGCUAGCGAGAAUCUUGAACUCAGAGGUGCGACCACCGUCGCAGCUGGCACCACAGUUGCAGUCAGUGGCGAUGCACACCAAGCCAAAGUUGCACAGGUGCUUGCAGACAGUCCCUCGCCGGUGUUUGCAGCAUCCUCGGAGGUGCGAUACGAAAGAUCGCUGCAGAUCCGCGAAGAUAUCCGUGAUGUCAACAAGUGCAUGUACUUGGUCCAGACCCAUGUCCUGAUGGGCAGCAUCAUUCUCGCGGUGUGCUUCAGCAUGUCCAUCGAAGGGUUCACUUUUGUGGCCUUGUGGCUGGCCUUACGCUUCCAAAUGAAGAUUUCAGGUCGCGAGUUGUUGCAAGGGGCAGUUGGAGUGACAUAUUGUGGGACCAAUGUGGCAGCAAUCAGGAUGGGUGGGGAAAACUUGGUCAACCAGAUGGCGAACUUUCAUAGCUGGGUGACUGCAGCUGCAGUGGAUUACCUGACAGUGCUCGAAACUAUGGAUGACAUGGUGUCGGCCCAGACGGACGAGGAGACACUGCGGGAGAAGUGCCAGCCAAUCUUCUUGAAGCAUGGCUUUCAGCAACACUACCAUGAUGCCGCUGGCUUGGCGUUCGGGAUGGCGAUGUCGGAGACGUCGCUGAGGUAUGGCGAUGCGACACUCUAUGUGUCUGCUCAAGUUUUUCCAGGUGACGCGGUCUUGCCGCAACCGUCUGAGAGAAAGUCAAAGACUUCUCACACCUCUGGCGAGUCAUCGCCGCAGAGCCCCCUAAGUGCCGCUGGCGUGCGGAAGGCGUUACGCCUAGAAAGUACUGUGCCUGCGUGGCCUGCGGAUGAGCUCCCAUUGGUCCGCACUGGCUUCAACGAAAAAUGGCGAGGUGAGAGCGGCUAUGGCGAGUUCCGGCGAGUUGAAGGCUUUUCCAUUUUCGUGGACACACAGAAUGCGAUGGAGCUUCCUCUCUACAAGAUUGUGCUGGCCAGUCCAAGCGACUUCGACGAGGAGUACAUCGAUGUGGUCAUCCAGUGGAACUUCAAGACUGCAUGCGAGGCGCUGACAGUCGUUUUGCGCCGUGGGCAUGUGCACUGCAAAGAGGAGGAUUUCCCUCUCUUUGAGUUCAACACUGAAGUGAAAAAGAUGUUGCCUUUGAGACGCUACGUGCGCCGCACAGAGCUGCUUCACGCGCCGGCUGCGACUGCAAGCGGGAAACUUUCUGGCGGAAGGCACUAUUUGCCUGCUGGUCCCGGUCUCGGUUUCAAGCAAGGGGAGCUCUUUGCCCUGUCGGGUGGUGCUCACUGUCAUUUGGCACAGGAGAACUACACCUCCGACUUGGCUGACCGAUUAGCGGCGAUGGAAGCACUCGACAGGUCCGGCUCCGAAGAUGAAGAAAGCCUGGACCUCAAGCACAGCGCGAUUGCGCGGGAGGGGGACUUGCAGGAGCUUAGUGUUGUACCAUAUCAUCGCAUCGUGCAGGUCGGCCCCGUGUCGAGAAGUGAUUCAAGCAGCCAGUUCAAAGGUCAACGCAGUUACGACGAGCUGCCAGAACGUGUGGCGUGUCCUUUGGCAGAUGCCGUUGUGCUGGGCGCAAGCACGGCUAAGUACCUGGCACAAGGCGGACCUAUGCAAAAGCCAAAGGCCCGUGCCAAGAACAGCUUGAGGGCGCUCUGGGCAGACCUCAACCAUGGCUUGGCACUGCGGUCACAUUUCAUGGCAGUCGUGUUCGUGGUCCGGACAGUGCUGGCAUUCGUUCCUGAAGGCUCUCGACAUCAAGCACAGCUGAGUUGGGUGGCACUUCCCACGGAAUGGCCUCCAUUCUUUCAGCCUACUGCGGCUGCUUGGGCAGGCAGCACGCUUGUCGCCGCUUCCGGUGGUGUCCUGCAAAAGUUCGCAGCUGUGGAAAGCGGGUGGUACCAACCAGUCGGACCCGUACUCACCGUGCCAGGCAACGUGCGAGGCAUGGGGCUGAUGGACGAGCAUGUUGCCGUCAUCAGCGAUGAGGGUCUGUUCCGCACGGCUGAGCUGAAUUCGUCUUGGAUCAACUCCACUUCUGGAGAUGCCUCGGAGGGACCCUUGGGCCUCUUGAUGGAGAGCGAUGAAGCGGUGGCCGCAGCAGCGCUGCCCGGCACCAAGACUUAUCGCUGGAUGGUGCGCACUUUCGCUGACAGUGCAGGUGGGGACCUUCCGGGCACUGCAGCAGUGGCCGUUGCCGGCUCCGACGGCUCCGCCUUUGUCGCUUACCAUCUGCACCAGGAGAGCCUUUGGAAGUGCUGCUGGAGCUCCCGCUUGGUUUGGGGCAGGUUCAGGGUCUGCGACUAUGCCGCGCAGCUGCUUGCGGCAGCAAUGAGGAAGGAAUGGACGCAGCACAAGGCUGCCCUCAAUUGUAGGUUCAACGAGUCAACAGUUGCACCGCAUGGCCAUAGCUGGAAGGCCAUGUGCCGUGAGUCAGCUUUUCGGACGAAGCGUCUGCCAGGCAAAGGGCGCGGUGCAGUUGCAGCUGGCACGCUGGGUGCUGGCGAGGUCGUUUUGAUAGAGCAGCCUUGGGCAGUGGUGCUUCUGCCAGGGCAACAUCAGCGCUGUGACUUCGACCUCAGCAAUGAUGGAAAGCUCCUGCAAUGUCAGGCAACCGGAUUGCAGUUUGCGUCCAAGGACAAUCAGCGCGCAGCUGGAGAUCUGUAUUACAAGGCAGAGUUGAAGGCGGCAGCGGUGGCUUCCGACAGUUCCGGCUCAUUCCGGCUGCGGGAAUGGCCGACUACCCUGCGUCUGGCUGUCAGGGCUCUGCAGCGAGGAGCAGCUUGCGGCGAGCAACCUUGGCUCAGCCUCGAAAGCCACUGGGAUGAUCUUUCGGAAGUUCGUCAGAGAGAGCUGGCACAGAAUGCUGCGAGAUGCUUGGACAUGAUCGCUGCCGGCCUUGGGCUGCUGUCUGACCAUGGACACGCUCCUUCGCCUGCUGCACAGCAGGCGUUCCAGGCCAUGGCUAACGUCAGUGAUAUUGCUCAUUUUCUCGCUGCCAUAGACGUCAAUGCCAUGGCGGUAACAGAUGAGGAGCAAAGGGAGAUCGCGUUGGGCCUGUUUCUUCAAGGCGCUGUCUUCAACCAUAGCGAGGAACCCAACUGCAUACAAAGCUUUGUGGGGCGCCGGUUGGUGAUUCGCACCUUUCGGGCUGUCAACGAGGGCGAGGAGCUCUGCAUCAGCUAUGCUGAGCUUGCGGAGAUGAGCAAGACCCGACACCAGUUCUUGUCGCAGCAGUAUCACUUUCGACCAGAGAUGGUGCCCCAGGUGCAAGAGCGUGAUGCUGUGCUCAGUGCCAUCCUUGUCCCUCCUGAAUGGCUCCAUGCAGGGCACGGAGUCGGAUGGAGCCCGGAGUCGGGAGUUCAGGACCUCGGCAAUGCUGCCGCAGCUGCUUUGGUUCAGAAGGUCAGUGAUCUUUGGUCGCAGGCCCAGGCCAAGUCUGCGGGUAGUAACGUUGAGUUGUUACUCCUCGCGUGGAGAAUAGCUACAUCAGGCCCUGACUUCCGCUUGGGCGAAGGCCACCUGCUUCGAUGGACUCUGGCCCGUGAGCUGAUGGAUGCUUUCGUCGCUGCCAAGCAAUGGCAAGAAGCCUUGGCAUUCGCAAGAGCUGUCUCCUCGAUUGGCCGCCAAAUAUUUCCGCUGAACUGGCCAGUGGUUUCUUUGAGCCUUGCAAGACUUGCGAAGCUGGAGCUAUACCAUGGAAACUUCGCCAAUGCUUCACGCUGUUGCGAGGAUGCGCUCUAUGCUGGAGGCCAACAGCCUUCGCCAUCGGCUGUGUGUUGGGAUGACCGGCCAGCGAUCGCCAAAGAACUGCAGCAGGUCUUGGCUCAGGCCAAUGCUGAGGCUGGGGCGAUGCCCAGAGGCACUGCGACGCAUGGGGACAAGGCCAUCAGAGAAGCUGCGAGGGUUUCUCAUCCUGAACCAAACUCGCUGGACCUGGAUUUGGACGGAAUGGAUUGA